CCACAGUGGAUCUUUCGCCUCCAUUGCUCCCUGUCUUCCGCAUCCUUCUCUACCACUUUCAUGUCCUCUCUCACCACAUCCAUGUAUCUCCUCUUUGGCCUUCCUCGUUUUCGUUUGCCUGGCAGCUCCAUCCUCAACAUUCUCCUUCCCACAUGCUCUGCAUCUCUUCUCAGGAUGUGCCCAUACCAUCUCAGUCUCGUCUUAAUUCCCAAGCUCUCCACAUGUGCUGUCCCUCUGAUGCGCUCGUUCCUUAUCCUGUCCAACCUCCCAUCGCAAACCGUAACAUCCUCAACUCCGCCUCCUGUCUCUUCGAUAAGGUGUAAAUGAGGUGAGUGUGUGUCCAGAGUGAUCAUGGGAAAGAGCUGUAAGGUGGUGGUGUGUGGCCAGGCUUCUGUCGGAAAGACGGCGAUCCUUGAACAGCUACUGUACGGAAAUCAUGUUGCCGGUUCUGAGCCUAUCGAGACACUGGAGGACAUCUAUAUCGGCUCGGUGGAGACGGACCGAGGCACACGGGAGCAGGUUCGUUUCUACGACACACGGGGUUUGCGUGACGGUGUCGAGUUCCCACGCCAUUACUUCAGCUUCGCGGACGGCUUCGUUCUCGUCUACAGCAUCGACAGCAAAGAGUCCUUCAAGCGCAUGGAGCUUCUGAAGAAAGAGAUCGACCGCUGCCGUGACAAGAAAGAGGUGACGAUUGUGGUUUUGGGGAAUAAGCUGGACGUGGCUGAGCAGAAGAGAGUGGACAGUGAGGCGGCUCAGCAGUGGGCUCGUCAGGAGAAAGUCAGGCUCUGGGAGGUUUCAGUGACCGACAGGCGAUCUCUCAUCGAGCCCUUCGUCCACCUGGCCAGCAAGAUGACCCAGCCACAGAGCAAGUCCACCUUCCCUCUGAGCCGCAAUAAGAACAAGAGCAGCGGCUCUCAGGACAGCUAGAGAGGGACGAGAAACACUGGACGAGAACAUGACUAACUCAUUUUGCCUGAACUGACGUUUUCACGAACACCGUGUUUCUCAUGAAUGCUAGCUUGGUAAAUAAUUGUUUAUUUUAUGCAUCUUAUUGUGGUUUUCUGUAGAAUUAGUGAACGAUAGAAGUGUUUACGCUUCUACUAUUUAUCAUGCUGUAGAAAAGACAUGCAUUUGAACCAAAUCAGAGAUGGAAUUUUAUGUUACUGACUCACAAUUCAUGCUACUGGUCACUCUGAGGUUCUGUUUGCCUGUUCCUCCUGACAUUCCAUUAUCUUAAAAUAUACUGUAGAAAUAUACAGUACUGUGCAAAAGUCUUAGGCAGCCAUUUUUUAAAAUACAAACUUUGUUAUAGAUUUCUAUUUUACGACGUCUACAUUAUCGAGUCAAAACAUUUUAGAGUCCAAACGUUCGUUUUCCAGCACAAAAUUAAAUGUUACAGGGAAAAAAAAGUUUGUAUCUGAGCAGCAUUUUACAUAAGAGACGACUUUUCAGAUGAAAAAAUAAAUCAUAAUGAAGGCUGCUGGGUUUUGGUGCAAAAUGAAGACGCGAGUGCGACAGUCAAAGUGUCCAGAAGAACUGCGGCUGGUUCUGGAAGAUGCUCAGUAAAACCUACAGCUCAUUUCCGCAUAAAACUGCACUCACUGUACCUCAGACUACUAUUAUUAUUAUUUUUUUUUAAACAAAGGGUCGUCUCGUACCAAAUAUCGACUUUGUUUCAUUUAUUAUGGCUUACUGAUUACAGUAUUUUUUUUUUUUUAAUGUUGAAACAUUUUCAUUAUUCUUUAAGCCAUUUUUGGUCUACAGCAUUUCUUUACAUGUGCAUUUCUAAGACUUCUGUACAGUACUGUAUGUAUAUUUCCUGUGCUUAUACGUUAUAUUAAAUGCUUUGUGAAGGCAUGUAGUUAUAUUUAUACAAUGCCAUCUGAGUUUUCCAAUCUCACCUCAAUGCUGUUACCAUAGAAAAUAGUUCAACUAGUGAGAUCUCUCUCUCUCUCUCAGUGCUGUGUGUGUGUGGAGUUCAGCGCACAUACUUUGGCUAACAAAUGAAAACUUUGCAGUGCUGUAGCCCUACAGGAUAUCUGCAGACUGUCACUUCCUGUCCAAAGUCAACUUCACACAAUGAAACACACUUCAGCUUCCUGAAACACAAUUUCAGUAACAUGAAAAUAAAUCAUUCUGUUUGCAAA